UUUUGAGUCUUUCAAAGAGAUUAUCUCAUGCUCGCACACCCCACUUGCGUUGGUGCAUUGCAGAGUUAACCCAAUGUACAGCCAGAAUUUGUUCCAUGAUAGGGAAAAUUAUGACACGAAUUGAGUGGUUGGAGUGAUUGGAGUGAUUGGAGUUAUGCCAAUAAUUGGAGAGCUCAGGGAAACCGAGCACAACCGUGCCAUGGUCACCCUCUUGGUUCAGCAGUUUCUAUCUCACUUCGUACUUUUUCUUCCGCUGUCUUCCUAUGGCGGGAGCAAGGAUCUACUCUUCGCAUUCGGACCUUGUACCUGAUUUACUCAACCUUCCUAGGCUUCAACCUAACAUGCCAAACCUCUUGGUUUUGGAGGUUUCUCACAAAUCCGUCUUAGCUAUGCGUGUAGCUGCUAGGACGGAAGGAAAUAAUAAAAAGAACGAUCACGAAUCUCUGUUGUGGGGCGUACGACCUUCUUGAAGAUGAAACAAUCUCGUUGCCCUUGCCAAGGGCUGAGAGCUGAGGAAAGAAUUUUCCAUCAGGGCUUCCAAACAUCGUAUCAUGAUCUCCUAAUGCCAAAGCACCGCUCGCCAGAUCCUGCCACGCAGCCCGACUUGGCUGCACAGCACAGAGCGCGACUUGUACCGAGGAAUGCAGGCAAUCAUGCUCCAGACGGAACACGGAAUCAGCGGAACUAUUUGAUCGAUUAA